ACGAUAAAUAAAAUGUGCGUUUGACAAAUUGCAUUUUGCAAUUAGUGGAAAGCAUUCCCCGCCCUUCCUUUAAGUGUUUUGCAAUUUUGCCUCAUUUUGCAAAUUUGCACAUUUAUUUCGGGAGUCGUAAGUUAACGUUUUCAUUAAAUUGUAAAGCAACAUCGUUUACAAUGACAAAAAAUAAAAAAAACAAAAACCUUGGAAGAAAUCAGCAGAAACCCAAGGAAAAGGAAACAGGCAAAGCGCCCGUGAGUCAUCCACAACCUGUAAGAAAAGAGCAGCAACAAUCCAAGAGUUUCACAAGUUACAAGAAGGAAGUAGCUGCACCGACACAACUAGCAAAGAGCACCAUUGAGGAAAGUACACAAUCAAAUGUUCCCGAUAAUUUUGAAGAUCGCUUAGAUAUGCCAUCGUCAUCGCUUUUUCCACUUGCAGGAAAUACUGGAUGGGAUUCAGAGCUAAAGACCCAAAGCAGCGAUAACGACUGGAAUAAAGCAGAUAUUAGUCAUACAAAUCCGUACUCAAAACAAUUGGUCAAUAAGGGGAAUGAGGGUAAACAGGCCAAGCCGAACCGUGAAGGUAUUAAACGACAAACUGAAGGGAGCAGAAGCCACGAGAGUGGUAGUAGGAGUAAUUAUAAGUCGGAUGAUAAGGGUUACGAUCAAUUUUGUGAGAGUUUACGCCGAUUAAAGCAUUCGAAUGUUACUUACACAAAGGUUGUCGAAAUUCAGGAAGAUUUAUUUAAUAUGUCUACCGAAUAUUCGUUGGCACACUGUGUGGCAGAAGAUAUGAAUAUGGGCAGUGGUAUUGCAGUUCGCUUCAGUCAAGAAUUUAAGAGGCGUGAAGAGUUAUAUUCUCAAAGGCAAAGACCAGGUGGUUUGGCAAUAUUGGAAGAUAAAGGAAGGUACAUCUAUUACCUAGUCACAAAAAAAGAGUCGAAUGGAAAACCUACAAUGCUAACGAUGUGGAACUCGUUGCGGAAAUUACGUCAACAUAUUGAAGAUAACAAUGUCAAGCAAUUGGCAAUCCCUAGAAUCGGUUGCGGUCUUGAUCGCUUGGAAUGGUCAGAAGUCAAGUAUCUGCUGGAAUGUAUAUUUCAAGAAACUGACGUUGCAAUUACAGUGUGCAAUUAUCAGCAGUCCGAAGACUACGGUCCCAGUCCACCUCAUAAGCAGAAUAAAUGUAAAGUUAUAAAUGCUGUAUAUCCCUUGGUAGAAAUCGAGAGUGGAACUGCAAUUUUAUAUUUUGGUACCGAAGAUGGUUUUAUUUCCGAAGACAUUGGGGAUCUUGACAAGAAGUUUCACUUUAUAAUGGACUAUAAAAAUACUAAGAAACAGUUGGGAGACAUUAUACAAGCAUAUAAAAAUAAUGAUGCAUACUCAUUGUAUGGAUGUAUUGUGAGAAAAACCAAAGAUGCUCCGUUUGAUUUUAUGAGCUUCCAUAAAUGUAUUAAGCAAAUUAAGAAACAGAAUAAGAGCGAUUAUUAUUAUGUCGCUAUCCAAGCAUUUUUGGAUCCCAAUGACGAUUUAAUAGUCCAUAAGGUUGUUAAUAUGUUAAGGUAUUCUUUAAUCAAAUUAGAAAUUUAUGUUUGUUGGGGUGGCAAAAUGAAGCAAUAUAUGCCUCAAGAGAGGCACAGCGACUUUUAAGAGAUCUUUUUAUCCGUUAUAAAUGUUUAUGUAUUUUCUAUUUUUUAGAAAUGUUGGUUUUAACUAUCAAUGACAUAAAAAUUAAAAGAUUUACACUUUA